GAAAAUAUAGGAGCCGUCUCGAGAGCGAUUCUACAGGAAACACCCUCUGCCGCAGAUUGUGAAGGGCUGCCAUUUUACCGACCUUACGUGCCACAAAUGAAUAAUGGGUGUCAGAGAGGUCCAGCUCACCUCUAAGUCUCAUCCUGAAAGCAUUUUGGCCUCCCUGCAGCAGCUGAGGCUUGAGGGACAUCUGAGUGAUGUCACAGUGCAGGUGGAUUAUGAAGGAGAGGUGCAGGACUUUAAGGCCCACCAGGUGAUGCUGGCUGCAUCCAGUGGCUACUUUAAAAAGAUUCUCCUCUCUCAGUGUGCAGCCCAGGAUAAAGUACUACUAUCAAAUAUGCACUCUUCUGACUUCUCCAAGUUUCUGGAGUUUGUGUACACCGGUAAAGUGCAGGUUCACUCAGAUAAGAUUGGCGAUGUUCACGCUAUGGCCCAAUUUUUGGACUGCAAGGAUCUUUCUGACGUUUGUAGUGAGACCAUGAGUGCUGGUGUUCUGCAAAAACGUAAAAAUAAAUCAGCUUCAUCAAAUGUUGUAGAUACAGAUAAUUUACAUGAUUCUGAAAAUGCACAGAGUCUCAAAGGGAAGAAACAGCGUAAAAGCCUAAAACAAAAGGAGAAGAUGUCUCCAGAGAGCACUGAGAACAAUAGCUCAGAACGAUUAAAAGACAUAGAUAACGCAAAAAAUGAAAGACAGCCAGGAGGAAAAGUAAAACUUAAGCUAGUUGAACAUGAAGUCCCUCAGACGACAGGUUUGAAUACAACUGAAAACACAGAGGAGAGAGAAGACUGGGCUGCACCUGAGGCUGAACCAGAGAAAGGAGCUAGGACAGUGGACAUGACAGCCUCAGAGGAGGAUGAAUGGGAAAAUAAGGACAACGAGCGCUGUGAUGAUCCAGAGGACCCUUUGUUCUUGGCGCUGGGAGGUGAGGGGGAAGGAGAGGAAGAGAUGGAGGAGGAAAAUGAGGAAGAAUCUAUGGAGACAGUCAAAAGAACCUCCAAAGCUCAGUUCCAGUGUAACAAGUGCCAGCGGACCUUCCACUAUGAAAGAAGCUAUUUGAAGCACAUCAGUACAUACCAUGGAGUGCAAGCUGAAGUCAUCUAUCGCUGUGAGACCUGCCAGCAAACCUUUGCCAACCGUAGCAACCUGAACACUCAUGAAAAGCACGUCCACAGCACGGAGAGGCUUCAUGCCUGCGACAACUGCCCAAAGACCUUCAAACGAAAGAAGGAUGUUGUUCGACAUCAAAAACAGGUACAUGAAAAGAACUAUAUGUAUAAUGUCUGCUCUGACUGUGGAAAGCUACUCAGCUCCAAAGCUGCGCUGAUGUUGCAUAAGAGAAUCCACACAGGUACAAAGCCUUAUGAGUGCGCUGAGUGUGGGGCUAGGUUUACUCAGAACUCUGCUCUGAAGAUGCACAGCAGGAUUCAUACCGGAGAAAAGCCAUUUGCAUGUGAUCAGUGUGAUUCACGCUUCAAUCAAAAGCACAUGUUGGCCUAUCACAAGAGAUCACACACAGGAGAGAAACCCUUCAUGUGUGAGGCCUGUGGAAAAAGCUUUGCAUCAAAAGAAUACCUACGACACCACUCGAACAUCCACACUGGGUCCAGACCUUUUAAGUGUGAAGAGUGUGGCCGAGGCUUCGCUCAGAGGAACUCCCUCAAUCAGCACUUAAAAGUACAUACAGGUGAGCGUCCUUAUGGCUGUAAAUACUGUGAGAAGCAGUUCACCCAGCUCAACGCCCUGCAGAGGCACCAGCGGAUUCACACAGGAGAAAAGCCUUACAUGUGUGGCUUGUGUACACGUACCUUCACAGACAAAUCUACCCUUCGCAGGCACACUAUGAUUCAUGAUUCAGACGCUCCAUGGAAGACGUACUUGGUGGUGCUGAAGGGAAAUGUGGAAGACAAACCGGCCAAAGCUCCAGCUAAGAGUAAGACGGAGAAAGCAGGAGCUGGGGAGAAGAAGAGCACCACUAAGAAAAAAAGUGCUGCUGCGGCGAGUGUGGCGGGUGCAGCAAGUGCGGUGAGCGUGGCGAGUGCGGCGGGUGCAUCGGAUGCAGCGAGUGCAGCGACUACUAGCAAAACCCAGUCCGACUCCAUCGUGGUGGCAGCUGAGCAGGUCACCGUCCCGUCCGACUGGACCAGUCACGGCACCAUUGCUCUGGUCAGUCAUGGCGCUCUGGGCGGACUCACGGUCAUCCACACCGACAUGCCACCCGGGACCCAGAUCCAGCCCAUCGUGACCACCGACGGCACCGGGACCAGCGUGCUGUCCUUGGACGGUUCUACCAUCCCCUUCUCUCUGCCCGUGUCUGUGGCUCACCACAUACCGCUGUCGUCUGAAGCCUCCUCCAGCGCCGUGGCCCUGCCCACCCUUUCCGUCCCCGUCUCCGUCGGCACGUUGGCAUCGGGCUCACAGACCACAGCUGUUUGCACAACAUCAGUCCUGGAGGCUGUUGCUACACAGACUGUUUUGGCUGCAGAGUCAGAUGCCAAAGCAACACCUGAGACUGAUAUCUUGCCCCCCGAUAUUCAGACUGUAAUCAUCACUGACGGGGGGUUUGUUAAAGACGAAGCACCUGUAGUCAAAAUCAUUAAAGAGCAAAAGGAAACCCAAGAGGCUGCAGGAGAGGCAUGUGAAUAGAAACAGGUUCAUCUAGAUCACAGGUGUCAAACAUGCAGGCCAAAACCGGCCCCUCAAAGGCUCCAGCCUGCCCCAUGGAAUGAAUUUGUGAAAUGCAAAAAUUACAUUAAAGAUAUUAAAAAUCAUUUUAUUUCAGGAGACAAAUUCAGCCCAAUUCAAUCUCGAGUGGCUCAGAUCAGUAAAGUACAAUCAUAAAAAAAUAUAAAUAAUAACAACUGUGAAUUUUUGUCUUUGUUUUAGUGUGAAAAAGCUAAAUUACAUUCAAACGUUUCUGUUUUCAAACUAUCACAAUGCACAUGUGCAAAUGAGAAACUGAGGCGUAAUAUUGUUAAAGUUGCACUUAUUUUUCUUAAUACGUUUUAGUUCAUGGUUCAUGUUAUGCAUAUUUUUUUAAAGUACAGUUUAUAGAUGUAAACAUUUUCAUAAUGUAAUUUAAGUUUUUUCACUCUAAAACAUGGAAGUUGGACAUAAAAUAUUUGGAGUUGACAUAAUUUAUAU